GUGGAUAUCCUUUCCAUUAAUAGGGGGGAUUCGAUAGAAACCCUAGAUAUAAAACCAAGAAGCAGUCCCUGCUUCCAUACCGUUCGAAUCACAAUACUACAGACCUAUUUUGUUAGUAGAAUUCAUAAAGGAGGUAUUGGAAGUAGAAGAUUGCUUCAUCCCUGCACCAGAAGCAUAAUGGCGACAGCUACUCAAACCACGUCACUCAAUUUUACUAACAUUGAAACAUUGACUGGUUCGAAUUUUAAAAAAUGGAAAGAGGAUAUUGAGAUAGUGUUGGGACUGAUGGAUCUGGAUCUGGCCUUGAGAGAAGAUCAGCCUGCAACAAUCACUACUGAAAGCACUACAUAUCAAAGGAUUAAGUCUGAAAAAUGGGAGAGAGCCAAUAGAAUGUCAAUAAUGAUCAUGAAAAAGGCCAUGGCUCAGUCGGUGAAAGGAGGAAUUCCAAAGCACACCAAUGCCAAGGCUUUUCUUGCUGUCAUUGGGCAUUAG